AUGGGCGAUUCCAUGAAGGAAGUUGUCGAGACGCUCGACCCUGUCACCCGGCAUAUUAUUCCCGACAGCAUCGAUAUCGGAACUUUGGUACCUCUCAAGACCACCCUCGAACUUCGCGACAACCUCAGUAUUGGCUAUGCAUAUGUCACAAGAGCACCUACUAAACUUACCAAUGAAGUCGUCAAUGUCGUUCGAGGAAUGGUCGGUGAUGACCAGGCUAAGAACCUCCCUCACCUUCGACGAUGCUCGAAGCCGGCGGAUCUGCCUCCCCACCUGAAGAACCAAUUCAUGAAUGAGGGCUCAAAUGGCCGGACCAUCCAUACUGGGAAGUCCCAGUACCUCUACAUUAUGCUUGGUCCUCAGGAUGAGAUGGACUAUGGGGAGCUAUCGGCUGGACUGUCUGCAAUUGAUGGUAUCGGGGAAGACCUCUUCAUCGGUCUGAUCCAGAUUCCCUUGUUUGCUCCCACGUCCCAGGUGCAGGCCAAUGCAUGGUCGCAGCAGUUCUGGCAGACGGUUUACCGCAAGAACAACCCACUCGGGCCGCACCCCAGCAACAUAUGUCGCACAACAAGUGUCGUGUCCCGCGACGCCUCGAUUUGGAUGACACUAGCUCACCAGAUCGCCAGGAAGAGCCACAAGGCUGGGUACGGAGAGCCCGUGGGCGCUGUUAUCAUCAAGCGCACGGUGCCUUCCAACAAGACGGACAUGGUUAAGAAUGAGGCUAACAAGGCUGAUGACACCGGUGCAGAGUCGACCCAAGGAGAUACGUCAGACACCGGAACUGCAAACCUUGAGGACGUCAAGGCAGAGCUGGCUACCGCCGAUGACACCAAGGCUAAGGGCCAAACGGCGGACGAGAAGGAGACCACCCAGAUCGUUGCCCUGGCCGGAGACGCUCGUUGGUGUCGCCAGGAACGUACAGGUCAUACCGGAAACCCGAUGGCGCAUGCUGCUCUCCGUGCCAUCAGCAUGGUCGCGCAGAAGCUGGUCCGAGCCGAGAACCGCGAGCCGGCUGCCUCGAAUCCGAUCCUCGAGUUCGAGGCUUUCCAGGACCAACCUCUCCUGAGUGACGAGCAAGUUGUUUUCGACGCGGAGCAUCCUUCACCUGACGGCUACCUCUGCCACGAUCUCGAGCUGUACAUGACGCACGAGCCCUGCACAAUGUGCUCGAUGGCAAUCCUUCACUCCCGCAUGGGCAGAAUCGUCUUCCGCCAUCGCAUGCCCCUGACAGGUGGCAUGAGCUCCGAGGAUCGAGGGUACGAUCUCUGUGGCGAUGACAGCAUCUGUGAAGACGGCCCAUGUGGAGGCGGAAAGGGCCUUGGCCUUCACUGGCGCAAGGAACUCAACUGGAGCAUGUUGGGUUGGGAGUGGGAGACAGACCAGGCAGAGCGUCUCUCGGUCAACCCACAUCUCCACGCCUAA